UCAACUCAAACUCUCACUGAUGACGUUUGAUCUUCUGCGCAGCCGCAGAGCUUCACGUCAAACAACAAACAACAACAAAAUACAACAAAAACCCUCAAAGUGAAUCUGACACGAAUAUCAUGACGGAAAACGCUGUGCCAGAUCAGCCGGGUGGAGACUGGGGAGCGUGUGGACCCGAGGAGGAGAGAGAGAAUGACAAAGCAGAGCUGAGAAUCGUCCUGAUUGGUCGAACAGGCUCGGGCAAGAGUGCCACAGGAAACACCAUCCUAGGACGCCGUCACUUCCUGUCGGCCAUGAGAGCAAGUUCAGUGACCCGCGUGUGCGAGCAGAGUAGUGCGGAGCUGCCUGAGGAAGGGGAGUCCGGUGCGAGGAAGAGGCUGCUGGUCGUGGAUAUGCCGGGAUUUGGCGACACACGGCUCGACCCGAGUCACGUUCACGCUGAAAUCGCCAAGUGUGUGGCGCUAACGGCGCCCGGUCCGCAUGCGUUCCUGCUCGUGGUUCCUCUGGGCCGCUACACAGAGGACGAAGACCGAGCUGUCACGGAAAUGAUCCGUGUGUUUGGCGAGGAGGCGCUGCUCCACCACACAGUGGUGCUGUUCACCCGCGGAGAUGAGCUUGAGGAAGGAGGUUUGGAGAGUUUCCUGGAUGAGUCCACUCCGGAACGACUGAAGGUUCUACUGUGGAGAUGCGGCGGUCGAUACCACGUCAUCAACAACAGAGAACCAGAAAACAGGUUGCAAGUGCGAGCCUUACUGCAAAUGGUGGAGAAGAUGGUGGAGGACGCAGGAGGAGCGUGCUACACCAGCAAUAUGUUCCUGCAGGCCGAACAAGCCAUCCGAGAUGAACAGGAGCGACGGAUGAGUGAGGAGCGAGUGCAGCGAUGGAGGGGUCGAAGGGCAAGUGGAAGGGUGGUUAGCAGGCGCCAGGCCCUGCGAUCCGCUCUGAACCGCUUUAGAACUGAAGCCGCUCUCUCUGGGAAAGUUCUGGAGCGUGUAAAGGUGCUUGUUGCAGCCGGGGCCACUGGAAUGGCAGUGGGGGCUGUUUUUGGAGCUGCAGCACCUCUUGCUGUGGCGGCAGGGGCGUCAAUGAUGGGCGGAUCAGUGGGGUUAGCGGCAGGGAAACUGGCGGGAGUCUCAGCGGCCGGGACCGCAGGUGUAGGCAAAGCAUUUGGCGCAAUAGUUGCAGCUGCCACUGGAAAGACAGCCGUAGCUCUGGGAGCAGCAACUGGAGGGAUGCUAGGAGGGUCGGUGGGUGCGUUGGCCGGGGCGGAGGCUGCAGGACCGCGAGAGGCAGCUGUAGAGGCACUGGAGCAGGUUGGAACAAUGGGUGCAGCAGUGGUGGGCGUGGCUGCAGGGGUGGGUGGGGCUAUAGGGGUGGGAGCAGUGAUGGGAGCAGUGCUAGAGGCUGGAGCAAUAAGUAGUGCAGCGAUAACAGGAGCUGAAACUGCAGCGGAAGCUCUGAGUGUUGCUAACGCAACGGCAGUGGCCACCGGGGGCAGUGUAGGGGGCGCUGAGACCUCCUGUGCCAGUUCAGCCGGAGGUUUAUCAGGAGCGCUGGAUGGCGUCGGAACAACCGCACGGAUUCUGACUGCUGUAGCCGAGAUCGGAAAAGCAGCGGUGGGAAUUGCACUUGCUGGCGGGAUGGUGGUGAAAGUGGUGAAGGAAAAAGUUCGAUCAGGAAGUGGAGCUGCCGAAAACAGCUACACGGAACGAAACUCCUACGAGAUCCACUGGAACAAAUAAACGCAUGAUGCUAACAGUGUGUUUGACAUUCAUGAAUUAAGCAUCACUGCUGCUGUUUAUGAUUUACUUUAGAUCAUAUUAUUCACAUUUACAGUAUGAAAUGUCAUGAGAACUUUUUACAUUUAUCUUAGACAGGCCUUGAAAUUUGAGGCGACAACAAAAAUCAACAUCAGCACUUAUCCCGUUAAAGUUAAUGGCUAAUGCUAUUCUAUUUGAUUCAGAUUUGUCAAUGUGUUUUAUAUGAAAAAUCAAUCAUUUUGGGAAAUGUUUUGACUACAGCUUUUAUCUAGUAAAUAAUAUAAACCAGCACAAUCUGAUUCAAACUGACGGACAGCUGUUCAGUAUCUUCAGUUAUAAAGUUUUGACAAACUUGUUUUGGUGAAUUUAUGGUUGAAAUGCUAAACAUUGUUGUGUGUUUAAUAGAUCAUAACAGAUAUUUCUGGGUACUUUUCUGCAAAGGUUUGACUAGUUUGGGUUGGUUUAGUGACAUCCGCAUGUGAUCCGUUCAAACAAACAUGCUGCCGUGUGACGAGACUGAAAAUCUGUGUUUGUCUUCUGAAGCAGUUGCACAAAAUAAACAUAAAAAUGUCAAUAAAAA